AUGUUGCAGGUGGAUAUAGAGGGAGAUAAAAAAGAUGGGUCUAAUGGCCGAUUUGAUAUGAUUUGCAAUGCACGUCUACCAAGAGGACUUGAUCCCCAUUCAGUUCCAUCUGUCGAGCUUGCUGCUUCUUUGGGGUAUAUGGUGCAGCUUCUGAAUCUUGUUGUUCACAAUGUCGGCGCUCCUGCACUCCAUAACUCUGGUUUUGCGGGUUCAUGCUCGCGAAUAUGGCAACGAGAUUCUUAUUGGGAUGCCCGCCCCUCUUCCAGAAGCAAUGAAUAUCCACUUUUCAUACCACGGCAGAAUUAUUGCUCUACCAGCACCGAAACUUCAUGGUCUGAAAGAAGCUCAAGUAAUUUUGGUGUAGCUUCAAUGGAAUCAGAAAGGAAGCCCCGUUUGGAUUCUUCUCGUAGUAGUAGCUUCAGUUUUUCUUCUGCUUCACCUCAUUCUGUUGAAACGCACAUGGACCUGCAGAAAGGGAUUUCACUUCUCAAGAAAAGUGUGGCAUGCAUAACAUCAUUCUGUUACAACUCCUUAUAUCUAGAUGUUCCCCCCGAGGCGUCUACCUUUGAAGCCUUUGCAAAGUUGUUAGCAACUCUAUCGUCUUCCAGGGAGGUUCGAUCGAUUUUUUCCUUGAAGAUGGCUUCUUCAAGGUCAUCUAAGCAAGUUCAACAACUGAACAAAUCUGUUUGCAAUGUCGAUUCAGGCAUUUCAUCAAGUGCAUUAUUUGAGAGUGCACAUACAUUGCCCAUAAUGAGAAAUUUGAAUGACACCAAUUUCCCAAGUUCUGCUGCCAGUUAUCUUUAUGCCACUGAAUUAUCUGAUAUGGGAAAGAAUGAAAAUCUUAUUGACGGGUGGGAUAUUGUGGAGCAUCCCACUUUUCCUCCCCCUCCAUCACAGGUUGAGGAUGUGGAGCAUUGGACUCGAGCAAUGUUUAUUGAUGCAACAAAGAAAUGA